AUGAGUGGUUUAGGCCCUCCUGGUGUAUGGGCCGCUCAGAAACGCCUCGAGUCCUGGGCUCGAGCGGCUCGCGAGAGGACCUCCAGUGCUAGUAGCGGCCAAAGCCAUAACUCGACUGACAGCUUCGGUGAAGACAAAUCUCAUGGCAGUCCGAGUGAGAUGCUGAUACCUAAGGAACAAUGUCGGGUCCAGCCAAUAAGCGAGAGCCGAACUGCUACGUCGCUCCCUCACGCGCGACUUGCGAGGACUCCUUCCAUAUCAUCUCAAAGCAGUCUUGACAGUGGCACUUCGAGGGCGACCAGUCAUCGCGGUUCAUCUCCGGCGAUACGCACAUUUGCACCAGACGGACGUACUCUAGAGGCAGGAGUAGCUGGAAUGCCUCGGUCACCCUCACCGCUUCGAGCUGCAUCCCUGGAUGUCCGAGCAGCGUCCAUCGCUCACGGGUCCUUAGCAUCCUUAGCUGACUCUCCCGCACCGCCCAGCCCAAGACAUGUGCCACCCAGAUGCCUUUCCCCAUUGCUAAUGCCUCCAAGACGAAUAGACCGAAGCAACUCCCUAGUGGAAAGCAGUAGCGGAGUGCCCCUCAGUCCUGGAGCAGGGGCAGCUAUAAGCGCCUUGGGAGCCCUACAACCGGACCUUUACACGAAAAGAGAGGCCCCUUUAGUCAUUGAACUAGAGGGCGCAGGCCCAUCUUUAGGAAGAAUCCACUUACGCCUGAAAUACGACUUCGAUAGAUCGGAUUUUGAAGUUCAUCUAAUCGAAGCGCACGAUCUCGCGGGAUAUGAAGCGGGAGGAUUCAACGACCCUUAUGUGCGGGUCAGUUUGCUACCCGAAGUGGACACGCGGGUUCGACAAACACCAGUCCACAGGAACGAGGCAAAUCCUUUCUUCGAUCAGCAUUUUAAAUUCCCUGUAUCUCAUGACGAACUCACCGAUAAAACCCUGCUACUACAAGUAUUUGAUUAUGACAGGUUUUCACGCAACGAAGUGAUGGGUUCAGCUAAAGUGCCUCUCUCACGUGUGGAAGUAGCGGGCGGGGCAGAAGUAUGGGCAGAGUUAUCCCGUGAAAGGAGACCGCCAGAAGAAUUGCAAGAACUCUUACUUUCUCUUUCGUUCUUGCCGUCUGCUGAGAGACUAACUGUUGUGGUGUUGAAGGCCAGGAAUCUACUGCCGCCUCAAGAAGGAAAAGAUGCUUUAGACGUAUAUGUAAAAGUGUACCUGCUCGUAAAUGGUAAACGAGUCAAGAAAAAGAAAACGAACCGGAAAGAGAUCAAUAGCCCCGUAUGGAACGAAGCGCUCUCUUUCAGUCUUCCUUCCGCGAACUUACAGGACGCUUCUAUUGAGGUGUGUGUAGUGGCGGGCGGGGGCAGCGGGCUAGUGGUUGGGUGGUGCUGCGUGGGCGCAGCCGAACCGGCGGCAGAGGGCCGUCACUGGGCGCAGAUGGCGCACGAAACGCGCAAAGCUGUGGCCAUGUGGCACACGCUCAGA